AUGUCAGUUUUGAAUGAUGGACGGUUUGUUUUCACGGACAAAAAGGGAAAUAUCUACCUCGAAUCAAAAACGGCUAAUGAUUGUUUUAAUCUUCUUUACGGUAGUAGAACUCUCGCUCACGCAUUCAAUGAGGAAAUUAGUCUGGUUGCGCUUGUAUGCCCCCUCAUCGACGCCGCUCUCGAAAGUUCACCCACUAACGAUGAUCCUUCACGAUCGGUUCUGAAGGUUUACCGAUUUGACGACGAUAAUUUGACUGAGCUGCUAGAUGAAGUGGAAACCCCUUUGGCGUUGAGUGUACUUUGGGUCAACCCUGGAUACUUAGUCGUCAGCAACCCCGAUAACGUAACCUCUGUGGUAAAGUUUUCGAAGGAUAAACUAAAGGUAGUGGUGCGGGAUAAAUGUCUUUACCCAUUUGUUUCCCACAACCUCCUAGGGCUGCUGCCGGCGGAUUCAUCGCUUGCUUAUCUCUGGGAUGUCGAUCGAGAUAAAAAAGUGGAUACCAUCACAUUACAAAAUACACGGAAGCGAGGAAAGAAAAAGACCAUACGUGGCUCGUGCUGCUCUGGAAACUUUGCCGUUCUUGCGUAUGAGGACGGUACGGCGAGUGUUCUCUACAUUCUUGGCAAUUCUGCCCGUCUGCUUUCACCCUCACCAUUAAUUUCGUUUUCGCAUUCUAUCCCAAUGAAAAAUUCGCAAAGCGAAUCCGAGGCCUCGGCCAAAAACCUGUGCAUUCAUCCACUUUGCACCGCGCUCUCAUCCUCCACCAUCGUUGUGGGUGUGUGUGGAGGGACGGAAAUCUUUAAGCUUAAUUACAAGAGUGGGAAUCUUAAGGUGGAGAGUCAUAAUAAGCUUGAUCAGGGGGAGGAGCUUGCGGCCAUCAGUAAAAAGCGAUGUCUGGUGCGAAAAAUGGACAAGAACAACGAGAAAACAAUUACGUUUACUACAUAUCCAUUGUCUACCAUCGGAUCUCCCAAAGUUGAGGUUGACCAAGUGGGGUCUGUGGAUACAGACCUGAACGAAUCGACCAAAAAGAAAAGGAGGCGCCGAAGUAAAAGAGAAAAAUCAAUUUUGGAGGUUCAAACACCUGAUGAUCUGAAUAAGAAUAUCGCUGGCGCGAACUAUUUGGUUUACGGUACCGGAGCCACCAUAAGUAUGCUCUUCGUCGGCGUCCUUAUUACUUUUUAUAUGAGGAGGCGCUAG